ACCGUUUCGUGGAGCGGUACCUUUUCACUCCUCCGAAUCACUGACACACCUUCAGAGCAAAUUUCCCUCUCUAUCUCGCCCCGCUCUCACUUUCACAAGUCUGCCAGUGUGGAGACAUAGUUGAGUUUCCUUACAGAGAGGAACUGAAAUCAAAACUUCUCUUCUUAAAAGGUCAGUAAAAUCUAACUGUCUCUUUCACUCUCGAUUUGCUCUCUAUUUUUUUUUCUUGUUUCUAAUGUCUCCUUGAAAAAAAGAAGCUUCCUGACAGGUUCAUAUCUUCUGUGUUGUGGUAAAACCUCACUGUGUGCAAGAGCUGUCAGAGUCAUGCUAAAGGAUAGCUGAAAAUAAGGUUGUGAUCCCAAUUUAAAGCUGCAAAUUGCUCAACAUCUGCGACUCUUUUAUGAUCAAACAGUACAAAAAGAAACAGUUUGUGCGGUCAUUUUUUUUGCGAUUUCGAAAACUUUCCUGAGUGUGACCUACAGCAGAUGUGCAUACAGUAAGGGCCUUUCCCUUCUGAGCAACACAUGAGAAAGAAACAAGUGAAACCAUGACAAAGCAGGGGGCAGACUGAUCAUUCUUACUUGUCCUGGUAAAUAUAGCUACAGCUUCUUUAACGCCGACAUGAUUUACUGAGCAUAAUUUAAAUGUCUAGUCAUUACUUUUCUUACCCUUAAGUGGUUGCGGUCUCACAUUAUUACAUCUCUAAAUUGACAUGGCAGUAAUAACCAAUCCAAUAUGUAAUGAUGAUGGAAUAUAAUUUUAAAAAAAAAUCGAUUUCUGCUUUAGCUUCAGUUUCUCAGAGGAACACGUGGUUGCAGAGGUGUGAUAUUAUCAUUAUUUCACUCUUCCUGUCUGUAACCCCCCCUGACUUGUAACCUUUAAGAGAUCACCACAAAGAUCAGCUCUAGAUUUCAUUGAUUGGCUUGUACGAUAAAUCUGCCAUGAUCAGCGUUUGCUAACCUGUAUGUGACAGUUUCUCACGGGUGAGGAGGAUGACUUUGCUUUAGGGCUUCAGUGGUUUAUUUUAAAGAAAAAAAGAGUGAUGACUACACUUUUAUAUUAACUAAUUACAGUUAUUCAUAGAUCGUUUCCUCUUGCAGUUGUGGUGCAGAAACCACAGUUGUUACAUGUUCCUACACGCACUUUAUUUGUUUGGUUAUCAAACGCAUGAUGGGUGAUUAGAAAAGAAAUAAUCAGGAGAAGAAACUUUCACUAACACCUACUCCAAAUUUCUGAAGGCUAAACCAGCGAUAAAAAGGAAACUUAGCCUAUAUUAUAAAAAUAUAUCCCCCAUGGCAAGUCAAAGUUGUGCAUUAUUAAGUCUAAAUAAUGAGUCUAGGAAGUAAUUUUUCUUUGUAAAAGCGCAUUAAACUAAAAAAAAUCUGGCACACAAGUUUAAAAAGUCAGAAUUAUGAGAUAAAAAAAAGGGGAAAAUUGUCAAUAAUCCAAAACUUUGGUUAUAAAAUUUCAUUAAAUAAGUUUUAAUCAUUUACUUAAAUGUUAUGCCAAUGUUAUGAAAGUAAAAAAUAAAAGAUAUAAUAAAAAUCAAAUCUUAGGACAUGAUAUAGGUUCAUUUAAAAAGCAUUUCAGGCCACUUUAUGGACAAGUUGUCAGUUUAUAUGAAAAGUCAUAGAUUCCUUAAAAAAAAGUUAUGUAUCCAUGAGAAAAAUCAUCUUGAAUUUCAGGGAUGAAACUGUAAGUUGGAGUGGCAUGUCUCUGCAGACCUGGAGGCCGCAGAUCCUGAACCACAAUCUUUGGAUUGCAGCUUUGAGACCCUGAAUGUGAAAUUUGUGGAAAAAGGAAGUAAGCAUCAAAUAUCCUAACCUGAACCCUGAUCAUUACCAACAACACAAGGAUUGUAGACCAAGAGUUGCAGGCCUGAAACUGCAGCUCUGCAGACAAAGACUUAAAUAUUUCAGUCCUAAAUCUACAAGAAUUAAGCAGCUUUCCUUCAAGAACAAAGUUGUAGCAAUAUUAUAAAAAGAAGUUCUGAUAAAAGGCUUUUUCUUGUACAUUUAUGAAUUUAUUCUUGAAAUCUAACAUUAUUUUUUCUUCUAUAAACUGACCCUUAAACUCUAUCACACUAUUUUUUAAUAGCUUGACCUUGUUUUCAUCACCAUGACUUAAAGCUCCUGUCAGGACUUUUUUUUUAAUGUAAAAACACUAAACAGAAAUUCAUAACGAUACAUUUUUUGAUGAACAAAUGUAAAUUAAACCAUCAGAGACAAGACUGACAUAUUAUUGCUGUUAUAUUAUAUUUCUGAAUGCCAGAAACCGGUGCAAGGGGGUAGGCUUCAGCUGAGUAGCAGGGGAGAGCCUGUGUUUACAUUUUUCACCUAAAGAUUUUACGAUGAAUUAUUUAUUUGAUUAUCAAAAAUCAGCAGGAUAAGAUGUUUGUUUCAGAAGCCACAGCUGAAACAUACAGUUGACAAGAUAAGCUUUGCCCACGGGGGCGCCUAAAUAAAUGAGUCUCUGACUGGAGCUUUAAAAUACAAACUUAUAACAGGACCAGGGCUAAAUGUCCAUCUUUUUGUUUUCACUUAGAGUUAAGACGUAAGAAAGGGACCAUUUAAAGCAACAAAUUUAAUCUAGGCCUUCGCUUCAAAACAAACUUUCUUCAUGGAUUUGUCUAGAUGUCAGGUUGGGGGUUAGCUGGGGAUAGAGUGAAGUCGACACUACCACACCUUCACUGAUCACACACCCUGACUACAGGCCUCCAUUCGUCUUCCUCCAUCUCUCAGCAGGAUUAUCUGAACUGAACCUGAUCUGUACAGCUCUUUUGUUACACAUCAGCCUGAAUGUUUGUCAAACAUUACCUGAGGCUGAUUUCAUUCAUGUUUGUAUAGUCUCACCUAUAGCACACAUUAUGGGAUAAGCCGGUUUUCAGCUCUGGUCUGUAGGGGAAUUUGUUCAAUAAUGUACCCCACUGAGUGAGUUUAAGAUGUCCUUAAAUGAGCGAGAGAAAGAGAGAGAGAGAGAGUGAAUGAUGAUUGAGCUCCAUAAUGAUUAAAUGAUGCAUUGUGUUCAUUAUGAGGCUGACAGAGUGAAUGAGUCCACACGCCUUCUCCCCACCUGACAGCAUGUGGGCAUAUCGUGCAACAGCAUCCACACAGGGGUACACAACAUGAUUUUAACCACCGAACACACACGUGUCAGCCAGUAACAGUCGACUUAAGUCAUAAGUUUGAAUUCUAGCUCAGGUUAAUGUCUGUAAGCUACCUCCAAAACUCAUCUGUUAGGUCAGGUAAAUGUGCGUUUGCAUGUCCAUUAUAGCUGUGUAGCUGUUUGUGUACACACGAGUAUGCGUGUAUGCGUCCACCCUCCUCCGUAGGACUGAGGUCCAGGUUUGUGUGUGGUGUGUGUGUGUGUGUGUGUGUGUGUGUGUGUGUGGAGUUGGGCUGGGUGAGUAAGCCGCCCCUCACAGAUGAAUAGAGGAUGGGAGGAGGCUUGAAGAGGCUGCCGUGGGUGGGAGGCCCGAGCCCUGCCAAAAAAGCUCCUUCUGUGGGAUUUGUGUACUUUUUUUUGCGUUCCUCACGAAACACAGCGAGCAAGCAAACGCCUGGCUCCAACGACAAAGCAGCCAUGGGAGGCAGGCGCUCGCGCUCCCAGAGGUCGGCUCGAUCGCACCCUCUCUGCUUUUCAAAAUAUAUUCUUUCUUUCCGUUUGCAAUUUCUACAAAUCCACCCAUUCCUCCGCUGUUUUUUUUUUAUUUCCGCCCUCUGUCCCGGCUGUGGCUUGUCAUCACUCCUCAGCACUUUUUCUUAAAUCUAGUGACUGAUAUUCUCACAUGCUCUGACAACUAGGUCAUAUAGAAGCUCAUCUUUAGCUCUGUAGCACCCACAUUGGCUAAAAAACUCAAUUUUUAUAUGUGUUUAUAGUAAAUAUGCAUUUUUUAAUGUGCCAGCAAAACGUAUUGAGUGAAUCUGCCUUAUGUUAGAGGUACACUUAUUUCAUUGCAACACAAAUCAGGUGCAAAAUUAUCACUUUGCAACUUACUUUAACUUCUAUUUUUGCCUUUUUUUUUUAGAAAUGUGCUCACUCAAUUUGAGUGGUAGUGCGUUUUGGAGCUGUUUUUGUAUCCUCCAGCAGGGUUAAAGUCAUAAGAGAGAUAUCUUGUUGUUGUAUAUUUCACCACCUGAUAUAUAAGUGGCAGACACAACUUGAAGUUGUGAAAUGAGCCACUUAAUGCACAAAUUGUGGGUGUUUCCUGGAUGUUGUUACCCAAAUGAAAGAAAACAGGCUCCAGUAACCACUGGCAACCCACCUAGUCUCAGUUCAGUGACAAGUACAAAGAGAGAUAUGAUUCCUAACCCGCAAACAAGCAAAAUUAAAACUUAUUAAGUAAAGAGAUGAAGUCUUCUGAGGAGAGCAGGAAAGAUUCUGCAGGAAACAGAGAGAAUAAGUGUCAUUCAGCAUCAGGGAGUGUAACGGAGGUGAAGGGAAGAAGAAAGAGAGAGAAAAAGAGCACGAUUUCAUAAUGUCUAAAAGAAAGAUCUGGGUUGAAUAAGUGGGUCCACCCACCUGUGUGUGAGAGGCAGCAAGAGAGAGAGAUAAAGCAGGGCUGGAUGGCAGUUUUAGAGACAUGAGUGUGUGGGUUAGGCUAGCUGGCCUGCUUAUGCUAUCUAAUCACUGGGAGAGAAAGGAGAGCAGCAUGCCUUGAUCCACCCACCCACCCCAGACAAACAGCAGUUAGCCUGCUAAGUACUGCUACAUGCAGCUCGGGGCCGUACAGACACGAGAUGAAAUGUGACAGAGUCUGCAGGUAGCAGACAUUCGGCACAAUUAUGUCUGGUUGUGUGCAGGGGAGAAGGAGAGAUGUGUCAAUCUGGGAGCUACUGCAGGUCAGGAUUGGAUGUGAGAGAGUGUGUGUGAUUGGUGGGGUACACUUAAUGUGUGUGUGUGUGUGUUUGAACAAGAGGGUCGCAAUCCAGUCGGUUCAGGUUAAAAAAAAAUAAUGAGAGUUUUUUGAAAACAAAAAAAGCUAAUUUGUUACAACCUAAGGCGAGCCAGUCAAAAUAAGUGGCUGAUUCAUUCAUAAAACCAGCACAUACACUCUCAAGGAAACAAGAACACUCAUGUAUGUUAAAAUUGUUGUUUGUUUGAUUAUUCGCAGCCUUAUUAACAUGAUUCGUCUAACUUUAGAGUUGAUUUCACCGCCUUUCUUUAAGGUCAGUUACCUGUGUGAUACCUGAGUGGGUGGGCUGGGAUUGGCUUUAUAAAUAGCUGACCUACGCCUCACACUUGUGUACUUCAGAGUGUGCACAAGCUUGAAUGUGGUCCGGCGCCGUGUGCCCAUGUGUAUGUGUGUGUAUGUGUGCGCAGUGACAGGCAUCUGUCUCCCCUGCCCUGCAGCCUGACUGGUUUUAAUUAGGAGGUGCCAGAGCGCCUGAGGGCUCUCCUGCUGACACACACACACAUACACAUGUGCGCACACACACUAAAAAACAUUCACACACACAGUACCUGAGGGCAGACAGAGGCUGUCCCGCCCGCCAAGGCUGGCCUCCGUCUCGUUAUCACCACAAGGAGUUGUCCUCAUUCACCCCACGACCCUCGCGACACACAAAUAAUCACACUGAGAAAAUGAAGUGAGGCCGUGAUGCGUUAAGGAACAGCCUGUAAGGUUUAACUCCUUGUAAAUUAUGGUUUUUAGGGUAAAAUUUCCAUAUUUAAGUGAGGAAAACAAAGUAGAAUUCGCCUUUUAUUGCUGCGCUGAAUAACUGUAAUUUCCUUCAGCAAACACCGUCACAGACGUUCAACUUAUCCUGAAUUCAUACUACAUUUUAUAGCCACCUGUGAAACACUGCAACUCCCUCGAACUAUGCAGCGCCUCCCUUCUGGCAAAGCCUCCAAAACUGAUUAGAGAUGUUUGAAGAGAAGAAACAACAGGAGAAAGUAAAAGCACAAACAGACAGCUCAGCAGAAAGUGAACGCCCUCACCUCACUCACCCGAAUGGCAUGCUCCAAGGUGAGUCCUAACGACCUGAGAGCAGUGACAGAUAGGUGUGUGUCUCUGUGAUGGAGCGACUGUACAGUAUGGUUACACACAUGCCUGCCUCCCCUUCUGUAUAAGCAGGGUUGCAUCUGUGAGUGUGUGUGUGUGCGUGCGAGUCAGCGUCCUUGGACUCGGGAGACAGGGGGGUGUAGACCUGGGAGGCUGCUGCGAUGCUCUAUCUCUGGACUGUGGGGGGAUGAUUGACUCCCUUUCCUGCUCUGCUCCCACAGCAGGCCACACCUGGCGUGUGAGGCAGCGGGGUAAAGGGCACAAGUUAGGCUGCUUGUAGAUGGAUAAACUGUCUCUAUAGUUGAUUAUACAGGGAGGAUUCACUAAAUACACCACUGAACUUUAUUUCCCCUUAUUUUCUAGCUACUGUUUUGUGUGGAUUACCGCUUAAUUUUCAAAGUGUUAGGCACUUUAUGUGGGCGAGUUGUCAGAGUCGAACACAACCUUGGAUUCGAGCUGUGAUGUUUAUGAAACUCCAUUUUAAUAUUAACAUUUUGUUUCUAUUAUUUUGGCAAACUUUCCACUUGUUUAUUGCUGAAGUAAAAAGUUGAAAUUUGGUUUUUAAAAUCUGGGCUCAUGAUGAAGUAAGCUAUAGUGAAGCGCAAUAUUUACAGUGAAACUGAGACUACGUUGACACGUGCCUGACAUUUAACCCUUUCUGUUUAUGAAAAAACUGCGUGCACACCGCUACGUUUUCGGAAAAGUUUGCGUUCACACUAACUCGCGUAUAUAUGCCGUCAAAAGCAUAUCAAAACAUGUGGGUGGCAGUGUAGCGAAAAGCUCAAGCCCACGUUAGCCAAUCAGAAUCCCGCAUAGCGGCAACAACAACAACAACAACAACAACAACGUCCCUUCCUUCUUUCCUGCACUUUUCCUUUUUUUUGCGUUUUCCUUUCAAACGUAUUUUUCCAAAAGCAUCGUUUUUAGGGGCGAAUUCUCCGAAUGAAGAGUGCAAACGAUGGUUAAUGUCUCUGUUUUUAAAAAUAACCACGUACGUAUAAACUGGGCCUGAAAUUCACCAGAAACUGAUAAACAGGGAGCUAUUCCAGGGAACAUAACGACAGUGUUUACUUUGCUAAUCUAUUAAGAUGGUUAACACUCACGUCACUUUAGUCAUUUCUCAAGUUGUUAACCGGGUUGGAAACAAUGUAGCACAUGGAAAAAGGAGGUUUAGCUGGAAGUCAUUUAUCACAUUCAUUUGCCAAGCCAGGAAAACAAGGAAGUUGGCCAUUGUCUUUCAGGCGUAUAGUGUUGUAAGAUGAUAACUGAUAGGUUCAGAGAUCAGGAAAUGGUUGAGCCUGUACAUGCAUCCAUCCAUCCAUCCAUCCAUCUCACACAGUACUAGUCCAGGCGUGUAAAUUUUACGUUGCUUGAUGCAUCUACUUCUAUCACUUCUAUCUAAUUGCCACACAGUCACACAGUGAUGUUGUUAAGUUGUUUUUGCCCUCUAGAACCACUUAUACAAGCCCUAAUCAGCCUAUUGUCGGCACAUACCAACACUGCAGGAAAUUACGUUCAGCCUAGUAAGAUACAACAUGGUUAAGAUUGGGGUUUGGUCAGGUUUCAGCUAAAUAAUGGCCUGAAAGCUCCUGGUUUGGUUUAAGAUCAGUGCUCUGUAAUGGGUAAGAUAUCUUAGUCAUCAUGGCAAGAAUACCAUUGUGGUGAGGCUAAAAACACUGAAACAACAAACAGCUGUCCAACUUUUUAUUCACCAAUCAAACCUAAGAAACCAUCCACCAGUGCACACUCACUGGGUUUUGCACAACUUCUUCCUAAGCUCUCGACAGACAACAAGCAUAUUACAAUUCAACAUCUCUGCAGCAACAUCGGUGGGUCGGGUUUCAGACCGAGAACAUUUUAAUCCUCCAAGAAAUUUGUCAUCAGGCAUGUUCCAACAUCAUAAGAACACACCCACCCUUUGUUGAACCAUGCUGGGAUUUAAUCUCAGAUAUGUUAUAGUUACAAAAAAAAUAAAGAAAAUGCAAAAUAUAUGCUUUUAACAAAACUCUUACAUGGUUUAUGGGUAAUGCUGCAGCACUGAUAAUUCAUGGCACACUAUAUUUAAACAGCAGCAAUGGUUUCUGAGUGAAUUUAUCAGCUCUGUAUGAUUAUAAAGCUGUCAGGAAACAACUUGUGAAGGGUAAGAUUUUAUGCACCAUUAAUAAGUACGUUUUAACCUUCAUCAAACUAAAAAUGAAAUAAUAGUACGCCUCUUGAGUGAAUGCCUGAGAGAGUCUUUGCUUUAAUUAAGAUUAAGUUCAGGGUUAGUAGUUUUAUCAAUGCAAGAAAGCUAGCCUACAUAUAUAUUUAUAUAUAUAUGUAAGCCGAGUCAAGUCAACCAUCAAAGUCUUGAAGAGAUGAACUUUAUGUAAUGAUGCUUCACACCCCUGCCCCCCUCCAAAGUGCCAAUCUGGUACCAGGGUUUGUGCAUCUUGCUGGGCACAGUGGGUGGCAGUAAACAGGUACGCCGAGGCACCAGCAGACAGACAGACAAAACAGAUGACUGUUACUCAGCCCCCCUGAAUCCUCGGGGGGCUGACUGAGCGGCCAGACUCUUCUACUUCUUACAUGCGCUUGGGCGAGAGAGGGGGAGACAGAAUCGUCACAUGAUCUGAGCUGUUAUUGUUUUGUGACUUUUCUGUUUCAACUCAAAGUGAAAUCACUCAAAGCCUGAGUUUGUCUGUCGUUUCUUUCAGUAUCUCCUGUUUUAUCCUCACAGUAAAGGUAGAAAAAUCCUCCAAAUAACUCUUGAAAUAAGAAUGAUUAUUUCUGUUAUUAUUCUCAAACAGCAUUAAAGCACAAAGAUAAUUUUCCUUGCUCAAAGGACAAUAAAGACAAUAAUAAUUGAAAUUCUGGUCUCACGCUUGCAUAGCUACAUUUUAAUUGUUUCAAGCAUAAUCACAAUGUAAACCUGCCUUGAAGUCAAAUAUACUGUGUGCAUUUAAAAGUGAAAAAUCAGACUAUUUGAGUAUCACUGCGUAUCAUUGGAUGACUGUUUUAUGUCAAUCAUGGCCUUUGACAGUUUGCUGUAAAACCUGCUGCCAUCUUGCAGACUUAAACAAAGCCGCUUCCUCAGGUACCACUUACUGUGUGGAGCUGUGACGGCAGCCUUGCGUUCAGAAUAGAUAGGCUAUCCUAAAGGAUGGCAAAUGUUGUUUUUCUGGCCGUCUGGCUGGCCUGCUUGCAGUUAGUGGCUAACCCUGUUUAUAUAUAUGAGAUGCCAAUGUGAGCUGGCCUCAGCUCUCACCCUGUACAAAACAGUGUAAACCCACAGGGCAUGGGCUGUGGUUUGCUUUGGUCCAUGUUUUCCCCCAGGGGGAAGUGGGCAAUGCAGUCUGAUGUACAAUCUGAAGUCGACGUGUUUGUGGAGGUUAACUUGACAAAAUAUGACUGCGUUCACCCCUGGUCAGACUUAUAGAUGCUCAGACAUAUUUCUGUAUAUUGAAAUGUCCUGAAACCGUAAAGAAAACAUGUCGGGCUGCAACCUUAGAGAAAUGGAGCAAACUUCAUCUUAUUUCUAUUUGUAAUCAUUAAUUGUGGUUUAGUUAUCCGAGACAAACUUUUGUUCUGUUUUUAGCUCUCACUACAACGAGGAAAGUCCCAAAAUAAAUCUCUCUCCAUGCGCUAAAGCCGUCCUACCGACUUGAAUUAAAAGAUAUAUUAAGCAUGACAAAGGGCGUGGUUUAAUUAUGUCAUACAGGAAAGCCCGAUGGCUGUUUCAGAUCCUGUGAAUGUGCUAUGUCAUUACAUUUGGUGUCUGUGUGUGAAAUAAGCUAGCACAUAUUUGAGGAGGCAGAACUCUGCGAAGAACACUUUCUUGUUGUUUUUGUUGUUUUCUCGCUCUCUCCACUUUCCCUUCAAAAUAAAUUUCUCUCUUAACAGACUUCCUCUUCUUCACUGAAGAUUGAGGCUCAUUUCUACACCUUUUUUGCCUCCUCCUCCUCCUCCUCCUCCUCCUCCUCCUCUCUACAGACUGAGGUGGUGUCUCGCUCAACAACAGUUGCCCUGCUUUGGCGCUUCUCUGACUCGAAACAGGAGUCUGACGUUGGCCUUCUGCUCUCCUUAACCUGGUUUUUGAAACCUUGGUUUACAAAAAAAAUGGUUUCAGCACAUCGAGAAAAGAGUCUGCCUCCAGUCGCUUGUAGAUGGUUCUCUGUGGGGGUUUGUGGUUUGAUUCUGUCUCAGAUCAAGUCAGCUUUAAGUAACAUUUCCUCUCAAAUUAACACCAUUGACUGAAAGGGUGCGCAAAUGUUUUUCAGACAUUAGUCUAUAGGAAAGGGAUUAUUUGAGGGGUUGUUUUGACACAGAGAUCUUAGAGUUAAUUUCACUUUGAUUAUACUGUUGACUUUUAGGUGAAGCGGUUGUCCAGAGUGAGAGGACUCAUUUUCAAACAGGUGUCAAACUGAAACUGCCUUUAAGCUGCAGGGGUGUUCUGUUUUAGUCUUGUGCAUCUCUUUAUCUCAGCUUGAGACCAACCGAAAGAGGUGCGCAAAAUAGUUUCCCAACUUAAUUCUCUCUUUCUCUCGCCCUUCCUUUUUUUAACCCUCCCUCCGUCUCCCCAAACAACCCCUUCGAGUCUCUUUCCCCCGGUCCCUUUAUACCAAAAAUCCACUCAAACACAACUAAAAAUUCAUUUUGUCUGACCUAAAUCAGAGGGUGUCUGCGCCAUGGGCUUAUUACACAGUGCGCUUAAACUUGUGUUGUGGAGGAGGAUGGGGUAUUAUUAUCUUCCAGCUACCCACCCUGCUAUAAAAACUAGUGGUGCGACAUCUCCACAGCGCAGUGCUGCUGCCCUCCCUCCCUUCCUCCUCUCGCUCUCUCUCACUCGUCCUACAUGAGCCACACACAACAGUGAGCCUGACUCUUUAACUCCACACUCGGCUGCACAGACAGACCCAAGAAUCACUCUCCGCUCUCCUCCGGUGCGCUCUUCAAUCUCUCCAUUGGAUAUUCCUCCCUGGGUGUUUUUUUUUUAUUUAUUUAUAUAUUUUUUCUUUUUUUUUUUUUUGUGAAUGGGCUUCAGAAGCCGGUGUGAGGAGCUUGUGAAUGGACUGACUGCCCCGGCUGACUGACUGACUGAUUGACAGGCUGGCAGAAGAGAGAGGUGUUUCAGUUGAAAAAAAAGGGCAAUGCAGAGAGGUCAAGCGAGGAGCGGCAGAGCCUCUUAGUAGUCUGGAAAUACAAAAGACACGUGAGGCGAAUCCAGAAGCUCAAGGUACGGUAGGUGAUGCUCAGUGAAAGCUGAGGAAUGCCGGUGAACGAAUCAAGACAUGUGUGAUUUCAUGUGGGUGCCAGAGUUUUCAGAGCGAGCACAUGGGUGUGUGUCUGCGUGAAUAAGUUCUGUGUUUUUUUGUCACAUUGUUACAGAGUGCAUGCAAGUGUGAACAGGCUUGCACUUGCGUUUCAUUGUACACACAUGCAUCACUAAGUGUCCCUAUUUCCUGAGUGUUUAUAUGCGUGUCAUAGCUUACUCAUAAAGGCCUGACAAGGUGCAAACAGUUCAAUAAAGCCACUUAAAAGCUCGUAUAAUUAUUCAAACGGAGUGUAAAUAUUGUGCUAUAAAAUUCUUUAAAUAGCAGGUGCAUUUAUAGUGUCACAGCACGUCCUGGAAAUGUCAAACGUAGUAGUUUUAGUGGACUUAAGUAUGUGUUUUGCCUCCAGCUGUAAUUAUACAUUCCAGUUUUAGGUAUUCCAUAUCUACACGGCAUUCUCCUUUAAAUCCAAAAUAAAUACGCAGGUAAAAAAAAGUGGGACGUUAAAGGGGAUGUUUGUGAGCGCGGACAAAAUAAAAAACAUGUUAUGGAUUUGAGGCUGAGCUGUAAAUUACUGUUUUCAACAGGCUUGUUGUGAAGCAGCUUUUAAACCUCUUACCUCAUGCAGUUACAAAAUGUUAUGACCGGUAUAAAAAAGCGUUUGGACCAGAAGUGUUUUUAAAUCACCUGUCGGAAAUUUUUUUAUCAAAACAAACAGCAUAAAAAAAAAGAAACUCGAUUAAAAAGGAAUCUGGGCAUCAUUGAAGUUUAAUUGUUUAAUCCUGCUGGAGUAGAUUUCGAUUUUGAUUUUAAAUGUGUAAUCUGCAGUUAAACUCUUCAUGUCGUGAAACACCUACUCAACACAAAAUGUGACAGGAAAUUUACAGCAAUCAAUGUCAAACCGAUGACAUGAUCUACUGUAGGUUUGAUUAGAUCUCAUUAGAUGCAGCAGUUUUUAACCACAACUGUCAGCGUGUACUGAAGACUUGAAAUGUUUGUUUCCUGACUCUUAUCAAGGUGUAUUAUAUUUUUCAGCCUUUUGUUAAACUGUUUUAUUCAUCACAAUCGAUUAAAAAUAAUGAUCUCUAUUUAACAAAGGCGUAACAAUAAAGCUAAAAUAUACCCCUGCUUCAAACACUCAAAUUUUCACUUUAACUCCUCUUGUAUGUGGCGCAGAGUUCAUUAUGUUCAUUUUGAGGUCUUAAACUAAACAAGCAUAAAGAGAAACACAAGGUGGUGAGGAUAAGACAUAAUCUGCCCUUGGUUUCAUGGUCAAUAGCCUUCAAGUAACUCUCUUCAUCAGUCUGAGUAUCUUUCUUUACACAUUUUUUUUUGGGAGCUAUCCAUAAACUUUUGUUUACUCUGGGGGGGAGAGAGAGAUAAUGGUGAAUCGCUGUAGGCCCCCCUCAAGGCUGCAGAGGAGACACUUGGUGCAAACAGGCUGGUUUAAGAAAAGGGCACAGUGAGCUUGACCAUGAGAUCUCUCAAGACCUGGUCUGGUGUUUAUUUCAGAUUAUUAUUACCUCUAAUUAAGACAAAUUAAGUUUUAAUUAGGGGCUUAAAUUGUUUAACAGCUGUAGGACUAAUAAUGAAAGUUAAUUCAGUACGUCUGUUAUAACUUUUGAAACAAGGGUGAAGUUGGUGCUGCCAUGUUAAACUUUUGGGACAGUUUAAAACAAAAAAAAAAAGUCUUUAGUUGUUUGUAAGGUAGGAGAUUAAUUUCCUUUGACUGUAUAAAUGAGAAAUAAAAGUGACCCAAACUUUAUGUAUUUUUGUUCCGAGUAAAACCAAACUUUUAAGCCAAACUCCGACAGUCAAAAUUCUCCAAUCUGGCCUUCAAAUUUCAUCAUUAUUUCAAAGAUAAAUCGACAGCUCAUGUUUUAUAAUUGGCAUUUCAUAUACAGUUCACAGCUCAAACUGACAGCCAUUAAAAUCAGAUUUACAAACUUUUCCCCCUAAAUGUGGCCUCCAGGCUGCAGAAAAUUGUCAUUUAAAACUCUGAGCGAAGAACAGGUGCACUAGUGUUUUAAGGGUGAUAAUGGACUACCUUACACAUCAGGUCAAAUGAAUGUCCUCUCCUAAUAAGGGAGGAGAAUUUUGGCUGUCAAUGCUAUCACUUAUUGCCUGUGCAAUUGUCCAUCUGUGACACUUGUUUAGCAGGUGUUUGCUAUGGGCAGUUGGUGACAGGAGUAAACUUUUGGCUGCUGCUGAUUUAGCAGGUGGGUCAGGUGGAUGCGCUGGCCUGACAGGGAUAAACUGGGCUUUGGCUGUCGAAGCUCAGAGGCCAAAUGAGCGUCUGCCCGUGACGAGGGUUGAGAUGGACAUUAGCUGCUGAUUUGUGGCCUGAGCGGUCAGGGCUGGGGACGAGUUAGCCGCUGUAUCCAGGGCGUAAUGAUGGGACUGCUGCUACAGGGAGGAAGGGGAGGAGGAGGAGGAGGAGGAGGAGAGGAGGAGAAUGAUUAGGAAGAGGUGGGGGUGGUGGUCAGAGGCUGGAAAGCAGAUGAAGUUCUUGGGAAAAAGAGGACAGUGAAUUGAGGUGACACAUAAUUUGGGGUGGGAGUGCUGAGUUGAAAGUGUUGGUGACUAAGUGAGGCAUGAGAGGAGACGUGGACGAAACAGGCAGAAAGACACGACUGUUUAUUAGAGGUCAGUUUAAUAAUUAAGUCUAGCUCCUUAUGAAUAUUUUUGGAUGUGAAAACGCUCUUGUGAAAAAGGUGCUGCUAAUGUGAAUAAACUUUAAUCUAUCAAUCUGUAUUCAUGAGCCGCUGAAUCACAACUAAAGUUAUCUGAGGACACAUUAAAAAAGAGCAGGUCUAGACUGUUUACAAAGACAAACAUUAAUCCACCAUGGCAACAGCAGCCAGAAAAACUUCCUUUUCACAGGCAGAAACCUUGAGCAGAACCUCGUGCGCUGGCGGACAGCUAUCUGCCAGAUUUUAGAAACCGGGAAAAAAAAUUAAACUUUUUAAAAUCAUAAAUUACUUGAAGAAAACAUGUCAGGUUGGAAAGUUUAUUAGGUCACUAAAAAGACAGAGUGUCCUGUCGUGACUCUGCUAAAAGAGUCAAAUGGAUAAAGAGCCGAAUGACUUACAUGGUAAUUAUCGGAGGCCUUUCACAAGCUGUCCCCACCCUGGCUGCUCCGAUGGGUGGAGGGGGGGUAUAUAUGUGUGUGUGCAAAGGGUUAAGGCUGUUUGGCUGAUGAAAUGUCGUUCCAGGACCUUGUGGUGGGAAAGCUGUGCCCUCCUCCCCUCCCUGUCUAUGUGGCACAUCCUCCUCAGAUCCUCUCCACAUUGUAAUUAGGGGCCGGCCGCUAAGAGCUAGCGUUAGCUGGUGGCGGGCAAACAGUGGGAACGGAGGGGAGUGGUGCUUGCUGGGGCACCAGGCGAACAAACAGCAACAGCAGCACGUGUCCCAUAGUUCCAGGAGUGGGUGGGAUGGAUCGAGAGCAAACGAAUGACAGCGGGUUGGCCAAGCCCUCCCAGUCUGACUCUUUUUCUCUCCCUCUUAUCCACUCUGUGUUGUUCCAAGCUCUGCACUAUUGUUUGCCUUGGCAGGCUGCUACAGGGAGGGGCCCCUCCGCUGGUGUUUGUGCAACCUGUUAGGGAACUUUUAGGGCCAUCUGAUCUCCCUCGCUCUCUCGCUGGAGAUUCUCCCACCUUUUACCCGGACCUGUUCUUUGAUAGAUGAUGUACAUGUCGUAAAAAAAAUUAAAACAAAAGGCUUCGAAUCUGUUUGUAGAGGCGGCAGAGAACAUCAACAGAAUCAGGAAAAUACGUUUUUCUGUUUGGCGUCCCCUGAGAUUAAAAAAACAGGAUGAGCUUCUGCUUUGUGAGAAUCUCUUAUACUUGAAAGUGUUUUAAUUUCCUUUUUAAAUGUAGAAUUUCUUAAGCAGACCUGGCCACUAGAACUUUCUCUGCCGCUCUUUUGUUCCACUUUCUCCCUUCAAGGUAGUUUGAGGUAGGUCAGUACAGUAUGUCUGUGGGUCUAUAUAUUCUUAUACCAUCCCCCCUGUCUAUAGACACCUUAAUUAUGUCCACACUGUAUCAAUGGCACGAACAUAGCAACUGUAACCUAGCAACAAGAUCGACAUGAAUAAACUACAUGUAAGACGGGUUUCCAAGUUGUAUACCUGCAGUCAAACUAUAGGAUUUUCUGAUAUAUAUUUUUACUCUCCUCCGAGUGUGAUCCACUGUGGCACAAAAAAGUGAGACACUUGGUUUGUGUGUAUGUGUGUGAGAGAGAGUGUGUGUGUGUGUGUGUGUGUGUGUGUGUGUGUGUGAGUCCGCGUGGUUUACGCCAAUUUGGGGCCAGUCAACAAUGCAGCUGCGGUGAGCGGUCCCGCUUCAAAGUAUUUAUCUACACAUGCCUUCAGUGACCACCAAGUGUGGACGUCUAAGUUUAAGCUCUAUUCAUAGAUGUGAAUGAAUGAGCAGCCUGCCAGAGGAAGUUUUAUCACUGUAACCGUAAACAAGAGCCCAGUGAAUCAACAGGUAGGAACUCAGGAAUGCAGAAUAAAAAAAAAAACGAAUUUCAUAGAAAAGGAGCAACACGUGCAGCUCAGAGCUCGCCGUGGCUUCGUGAAAAUCAAACGAGUGUGUCUGCAACAUAAGCAUUUUUAACAGGAUACAGUAUCUAGAGUACAAUCUGACCUGUUUUGUUCUUCUCUUCAUCGCUCACCACAUCCCAAUCACUCACUCUUUUAUUCAAAGUAGGGUAUCAGCUUGCCUCAUGCUCAUAUCUGUAGUGACAGACAAAGGAGAUGGACAGAAACUAUAGCCGACUUAUCAUCGAACCUCACAGGAAAAAAAAAGUCAACAACGCUUCACGUCUUAUCAAGAUGACGGGUUCCCCAAACUCACACAGUUGCGACACACUCCCUUCAAGAAAUCGUGAUCGCAGAUUCAAGGAUAAAUAUUACCCAAUGUGAUGCUCAAAAUGAGACAUGCUGUAUUUACCACUUGUUGCCUGUGCUGCACAGAUGGCACAAAAACAAGCAUGCCUACAGAAUAUUUUAAUAAAGCUAGACUGUCACUCAUUGAAGUAGCAAAAAUCCUGUGCAGUUCCAAAUGAAUGGGGUUUGUCAUCAGGGUCGUUUCAAGCUUAUAGCUGCAGGUUGUUUUCAAGUUUGAACCAGUGCUUUUUAUUUGCUCUCUUCAUUGUCGGCUUGUUUGCACUUCCUGCUUUGUUUGUGUGAUAACUGAAACGGUUACAAUCGUGAGUGAGAAACUGUGUAGAUUUAUUUAUUCCCUGAUUUGUGCCGUUGUAGUGCGUUUUAUUACCAAAUCGUCAACGGGUAAAAUGUCAAAGUAAAUCCUUCAAAACAAGGAGUAUGCAAUUUUUGAUUCUUUUAAGACCCAGCAGUCCCUACAUUUUUAUAUUCAUUUUCCAAAAUUGUGACUUAACUUUGUAAUCCAAACCUAAAUAGCACCCUCGUGACAUCUUCAUUACUGAUUUAUUCGGGGACUCUCCCUCUGAUCACAAUCUUUUUUACACAAGGGACCUGGGAACAAUUUUUAAGUUUUAUGAACACGAAUGUCAUUUAUUUUUAUAGCUUUAUAGUAAAACAGCCUUUUUUAUGGGUUGAACAAAAACAAGAUGUCUGUCUGUUUUUUAUUUGGAGAGAGACCCAGCUUUGGAAAUUUGAAUAAAAUGCUUUUCCUUCACAAGCAAAGGGUCAUGAAAGUUUUUAAAAUAGCUUUCAAACUGUCUUAACCCUGCCUGUACCCUACUCAGGGAUGAGUCUUUUCAAUUUCGUCCUAAGUCGUAAUUAUUAUUUUUUUGCUUUCCAUCUAGAUAACCCUCAGAGAAGAGAAUGGUGCAUCACAGAGAGGAGGACCUGAUCGGGAUCCCCUUCCCAAACCACAGCAGCGAUGUCCUCUGCAGCCUCAACGAACAGCGGCGUGACGGGCUGCUCUGCGAUGUCAUCCUCAUCGUUCGUGACCAGGAGUACCGUACUCAUCGCUCAGUCCUGGCAGCAUGCAGCCAAUACUUCAAGAAGCUCUUCACGGUGGCCUCCAACGACAGUGGAGACCACCACCACACAGCCGCCGUGUACGAAAUUGACUUUGUUGCUCCGGAGUCCCUCACCGCCAUCCUGGAGUUCGCCUACACCUCUACUCUGACGGUGACGGCGUCCAACGUGAAAGAGAUCCUGAACGCAGCCCAGAUGCUGGAGAUUCCUUGCAUCAUCAACGUCUGCCUGGAGAUCAUGGACAGCGGGGGCGGAGGUAGUGGGGGAGGCGGAGGAGGGACGAUGGAGGAGGGAGAGGAGGACGAAGAGGAAGAGGAAGAUGCAGAGGACGAUGAGGACGAGGAGGAAGAGGAGGAGGAUGAAGAGGACGAUGGCGUGUCAAGGAAAGAUGAGCAGGAUGAAGAGGAGGACAACGUCAGUGAAAGGUCACUGCAGUCAUCGGAGAGCAGAGGGGAGCGGACACCUCAGGGGACGGGGAAGGCGUCACCUGCAGGAACCUCGCAGUUCCAGCAGAAGUUUGAUCUCCACAGAGAAACGUCCCAAAUGCAGUCUCCAGACGCCAUUGCAGGGAAACAGGUAAAACUUACGCUUGACUCGGAAUCCCUUUAGCAAAUGUUCGAAAAGUUUUUGAUUCCAGAUGUUCUAUAGCGAAAUUCCAACUGAGUGACGUGUCUUAAGAAGAGCUCAGAAAAGUUAUCAAACACAGAAUCUGUCAGCAGGUAAAUCAUGUCAAAUUGGGCCUCCUUGUGGGACGAUAUCCACACGACUUAGGCAUUGCACCAGUUGGGUGGAUCUAUGCCAAUUCUACCAAACACAGCCAAACACAACUCCAUCAAAAGACCAUAAUAGUUGCUAGUUCUAUCUUUAGGUGUUACCAGAAAAAUCAUAAGCAAGCAACCACUUUUUAAGCAGGAUGAUCACCUGUCAGGUGUUUCUGGACUUCUUGGUGUCGUCAAUGGUCGUUCCGAUCACUAACUUAUCAUCCUGCAUCGCUCUGUACUUCAUCUAGUAUUUAUGAGGCUGAUGAUGAUGAAUCUGUCUUGUGUCGUAGGAGAGUAUGGAGAGUCGGGCACUAAAGGAUUUCUCCAUUGAGUCCCUCCUCCAAGAGGGGCUGUACCCUCGUAUGUCAACACUGGACAGGAGAGCCAACUUCUCCCCUCUCCUCCCAGGUUUCUACCCUUCUAUAUGGGCUGCAGAGUUCCCGGCCUUCCCCAAGCAGCUUCUAGACCCGAGCCAACACCAGCAUCCUCACGCAGGAUCAUCACUGCAAACCCGACUCCCUCACACCUUCCCCACAUCUGCUCCACAUGAGGCCUCGAGGCCUCUCGAUCUAGCUGUGAAAAGACAGGUCAUAAAGGAAGAGAUGAAGGAGGAAGUUCCUCUCAGUCUCUUACACGGAAACUUCCUGAAGGAGUUCGCCGGCUCGGGUCUGAGCAGCCCCGUGAACGCCGGGUCAGUGCCGUCAGAAGGCCACGCUCUGGCUCCAAUCAAAGAUGAAGCCGAUUUUCGGUCGUACCUGAGUUUCCUCAGCUCUGCGUCUCAACUGGGGACUCUGUUCCCCCCCUGGCAGAUGGAGGAGGAGAGGAAAAUGAAGCCCAAAGCGUCGCAGCAGUGUCCAAUCUGCAAUAAGGUCAUCCAAGGGGCCGGUAAGCUGCCUCGACACAUGAGGACUCAUACGGGGGAGAAACCCUACAUGUGCACUAUCUGUGAAGUCCGAUUCACUAGGUAUGUGUUUAAACCAGCACUUCUUAAAACAUAUUUUUUUUCUUUAUUUAGAUGUUGAAAAUAGCAAAAAGACCAGCUUGAGAUCUUGAAGUUUCUGUGUUUAUAUAAUAAGAAUCCUGUUUCUCACAAGAGCAGGGUUACUGAAAAAGUACCCCUUUCUCUUUUGACUGAGGUUAAUCUGUUUAACCAGAUUUAAAUACCAAAGCGCUUCAACUGGAAAGCCCCUCUCUCAGUUUCUUUGCAUUAGCAAUAUCCUGCUCACCUACUUCCUCCUACUACGGCAAAUUUUCCAUCAGUAUUUAACAGUUUGAUGCGUGUGAAUCAGUAAAUCAUCUUUUCUGUUUUUAAUGUACAGUUCAAGAUAUAAAAGAUUAGAAGAAUGCAGUCUCGUGAAUCAAGAGUUAACCUUUCCACCCACGACUAGCUGUGUGAAAAUGUGGUUUUCUUCUCUUCUCAGACAAGACAAACUGAAGAUCCACAUGAGGAAGCACACUGGUGAGCGUCCAUACAUCUGCCUUCAUUGCAACUCCAAGUUUGUCCACAACUACGACCUGAAGAACCACCUGCGUAUCCACACGGGCGUCCGUCCAUACCAAUGCGAGCACUGCUACAAAAGUUUCACACGAUCUGACCACCUACAUCGACACAUCAAGAGGCAGAGCUGCCGCAUCUCCCGCCCCCGACGGGGACGAAAGCCAGCCGCUUGGCGAACCACACCCACAAGCAACUUUUUGUGCCCCCCUGCUGCUACCAACAACCGGUUUGAGGAAAACGGGUUAAGCUCGGCGUACCAGGGAGUAAAGAGCCACGGACUUGGGGAGAUGCUCAGCCUCGCAAACAGGGGUCUGGGCUUUAAGGGUGGGGACGGUGCGAGCAGGGAGAGCAAGGAGAGCAGGGAGGAUCGACGAGCAGAGGGGAAGCACGUCGCAGAGGAGGAGACGCCGGGAGCGGGGAGGCAGAGGGGAGUGUUUGCCUUCGCCCUCGCUGGAGAAGAAGUGCUCACCCAUCCUCCAUUUUACACCCCGACUUCUGACCCCUGGACCAUGAGACUGGAGCGUGCUCCACCCAUCCCUGAGCCAGCCAAAUGAACCGUGGAGUGUAGAAGAAAAAACAAAAAGGACUAGAAAGAGAGCCAGUUUAAUCUACUCUGCUCCGGGACGCUAAAGCACUUUUUUAAAAAGUGAAAGAGAUCAAUGAACAUUUUGAAGCCUGCUGAUGUUGCAGCGUUAAGACAGAUUUCUAUUUUAAUUUUAUUUUUGUUAAACGCAGUCAAAUCAAAUACUUUCACAGUUGUAAUGUUUAAAAAUUGUUUCAGGCCUGUGGAUGUUUACAGUUUUUUAUAGCAUUUAAGAAAAAGAAAAACAGUUCAACACUGCGAAUGAGGAUAUCAGAACAAUGUCAGGCUAGAUAUGAACUGAUUUAUUUAUCUACAAUGUUGUCUGUUCAUUCAGAAAGCUGAAAAUCCUACAGUGUUCUCUGAUGCAAGUUAAAAUGAGGCUUUUAUAUAAAAAUUCAACAUAUGCAAGACCAUAUAAAUCAACAACCAGAGCGGCUGUUAGAAUUGUAACGAUGAAGAAUUAGAGACUAUAAUGAAUGUAAACAAUUAUUACAUCAAAAAUGUGAUGGAUAAAAGAUUUUUUUUUUACCAUGUUUGAGUUGAAUAAAAGAUGGGAAAUUGAGACAGCAUGAAAUAAAUCAUUUAAAGUUCAGUCAAAUUGUUUCUCAGUGUAAAAAAGAAUCAAUGUUCUUGAAUAGAAAAAAACAUUAAAGAGACUUUAAAAAACGUCAGGACAUAGUCUGGCACAUGUCCUGCACAUUCAUUUGAUUCUAAUAUGGUUAUUUAAAUUAUUUUGCAAAAAUAAAAAUAAAUAAAAAAAUGCAACCCACUUGAAGUCUAUUAAAUCAGGAUGUUUGAUAAUGUAUUAUUUUCCUCCAGCGCCUUGUUCUGAUUUAAGUUCCCUGUCUGCACUAUUGUACAUAAACUUUUGUGGCCAUGGUGGUGUUAUGGUUGCAAUGCUGAUGAUGUAAAACAAAGUUAGAUAUAUAUACCUAUAUAUUGCUCUUAAAAGACUUUGAGGCAUCCAUCCAAAGACAUGUACUUUGAUAUUUCUCAGACUUGAAUAAGACUUUGUUUAAAUGUUUUAUGAAUUUGUGUCUUCACAGGAUGUACUAUAUUUCUGGCUAAUGAACUGACGCUUUAGCUACUCAGUGUGCUCGUGUUUUUUCUGCUGCAUUAAAUCAAGAGGGCGUCCGCCCUGUUUUUUUCAUAUAAUGUUCAUCUCUUGAUUUGUGUAUAAAGAAGUUCAAAAAUGAUUUUAAUUGAAAUGGGAAAGUAUUUUCUUGCUAUUUAUGCGUAUUUAAAUGAAUGAGCCUUGGCUAUAUUUUGCAAAUCUGUUUUAUAAAGACACUAAAUGUUGAACUUUG